GCGCGUGCUGGACGCUCACGUCAUCACCUGCUUCCGAAAACAUUCGCCGAUUCAUAGGGAUGAAAGUCAGCAACGUGUACGGCUCUUUAAUGAAAAACAUAUACUAAACGUAUAUUUUCAUACACUACCAAUGUCUUGUUACAGUCAGGUGUAAGUUAGCAGGAUAGCUGGAACUCACCAAACCCGGACGAAACUUUCGGAGCUGUUUCAUAAACUUCAAUUUAACAGUAACUACAAAAUAGUAGAAUUAUCAGGUUUUCAUGCGGUAUAAGUAAAACCAAAGUCAUCUCAACACAGUUUGAGACCAGUGUUGAUGGAGUUUGUUCUCAUACGGUAACCUCAUCGAGGUGUCCUGGAGGAGAUAUGGACUUUUAACUACGAGUUUUAAAUCAUGGAGUCAUGUUUGAGGUUUGUGUGUCGAGAGUCUCUCAGGAAAGUGUCCGCGAAGUGCUGGACACGGAGAUCUGCGAUGUGCACGAGAUCAGCUUUCAGACACCCUCUUAUAUCAACACGUGCCCGGUCACAACACAGCACACUGCAGCUGAGAGCUCACAUACAACAUCUCUCCUGUCGCCAAAGAGUUACAGAUGCAUCCCAGGCAGCCCUGUCUAGUGUUGCACCUGUAUUUGUAGUGAUGAAGUUUGAGCCAGAUGGGACCGUGACCUCAAUUGAAAAGAAGAAGACUGAGUUGUAUCAGGAGCUUGGUUUGCAUGCGAGAGAUCUUCGGUUCCAGCAUAUAACAAGCAUUACUGCACGAAACAAUGCCAUCAUCAUGCGUAUGGAGUCUCUCAAGGCAGUGGUUACUCCUGACUCUUUGCUGGUGCUGGAUUUUCGUGGACUGGGUCUGGAGAAGUGGCUGGUGUUAGAACUUGGACCACAGUUGGCAGGAGAUGGAAAUUUGGCCACUUACUCUUUGCCCUUUGAAUUCAGAGCUUUGGAAGCCAUUCUGCAACACAGGGUAAAUGUACUGCAGGCUCGGCUGAAUGAAGUUCAGCCACAAAUUCUGGAUUGCCUGGAGUCAUUGGUUGACCCGAAGCUCCUUUCUGCUGACCGCAGCAAACUGCAUAUGCUCUUGAUUAAUAGCAAAAGCCUGUCAGAGCUAGAGACGGACAUUAAGGUGUUUAAGGAAAGUCUGCUCAAGAUCCUGGAUGAGGAUGAACUGAUAGAUGAACUCUGUCUAACCAAGUGGACUGACCCACGAGUGUUUGAGGAGAGCAGUCUGGGUAUAGAUCAUGCAGAAGAGAUGGAGCUGCUACUGGAGAAUUACUACAUGCAGGCCGAGGAGCUCGGCAACAAAGCACGGGAGCUGAAGGGACUCAUUGAUGACUCUGAAAGUGUCAUCUUUAUUAAUCUGGACAGCCAUCGGAACGUCAUGAUGAGACUGAAUCUCCAGCUCACUAUGGGAACGUUCUCCCUCUCUUUAUUUGGCCUGAUGGGUGUGGCCUUUGGCAUGAAUUUGGAGUCUUCUUUCGAAGAGGACCCACGUGUGUUUUGGUUGGUGACAGGGUUAAUGUUUUUGGGCAGUGGACUUAUCUGGAGAAGACUUCUCUCUUUCCUAGGCCGACAUUUAGAGCCCAGCUCUCCACCUCCAAUUCCCCCUGUUUGGAGGAAAAACCAAAUCAGCACAUUAAAAGCGACAGACAUUAAACCAGGGAUAAGAUGAUAUUUCGACCGUUGCUUUUUUAUGCGUUUUUAUUUCUUUGUCUUUCUCAGUUACUGCAUUUCUCAGUAUUACGUGGCACUCAACCGGGUCAUCUACUGUUAAAAUUUAUCUAACAUAUUAGGUAAUGCAUAUGUCAUGUAGACAGAUUGCUAUCUGACAUUGUCUUCGGGUAUGUUCUGUGGUAAUUUCUGUAUUUAUUGUUGUGAAUAUUAUGAUAUGAUGGAGUAUGUACCUUUUAUUGACCAUGUGUGGCAUCUUUCAAAGAGCAAAAAUGUCAUCCAUUUGUUCUUUUUCCCUGUUCAUACUAAAGCGACAGAUCAUUGUCAAUAUAUGACUUUAAUAAAACAUGUACAUAAAACAUCAA